AUGGCCAAUACAUAGCAGCAAUCCAGGGUUUAUAUUUUUUACAGUCUGGUAUACGUCAUUGGUCAUGACCCACACUUUAUGAUAAGCUGCUUUACAGGGUAAGGGAAACAAUGCAAAAUGUAAUUUUGUAAUUUGGGUGAACUAUCCCUUAAGGGUUGUUUAUUUAAGCCUUUAGCCAGCGAACUUACUCCGGUUGUCAAAAAUAAAAAUAUCCGGUUGACCUUUAAAAUGAGCAGCUUUCCUCUUGCGAACUUCACGGGCGGUUCGCACAUUGAACAGGAUUUUCAGUAACAUUAGCUAAAGGAACACAGACAGAGAAACAAGGACAAUUCGGAAAGGAACGUUGAAACAUAUUUGUUGGUCUGUCUAAGAGCGACAUUGGCAAUGUUUUCCUUGUCAACAACAGUCCAACCACAGGUCACUGUCCCCCUGAGUCACCUGAUCAACGCCCUCCACUCCCUGAAGAGCUCAGUGGGAAGCAGCAGCAGUGCUACUGCUAAACCUCCGCACAAACAGCAUGCCUCAGAACAGGACUUGCAUAGUAACGAGCCCACGUGGAGCCUGAGGGACCUGGGCCUGUCUGACCUGGGCGUGCGGCAGCUGGACGAGCUAGUGAGCGGUGUGUUACCACGUCUGAGUCAACAGGGUGUGUCGUCCUCAUCCAGCCCCAGCCAAAAGGCCUGGAGGACGUCCCACUUGUCCUCACAGUCAUUCUUUCACAACAAGCAUGGUGAGGCUAAGGACAUGCCUAUUGAUAAGGAAGAUUAUUGGAACUCUACUGCUGGGUUCUUUGGUGGCAAAAUUGGCAUUGACUCCCCUGUUUUCUGCAGACAGAUCCCCUCCCCUCUUCAAACUGUUUUCACAGAGCUCCACUACUGGCCAGUGUGGGUCCAAAGCCGAGGCUUUAAAACUCUAAGGAAAAACAAGCGACUGCAGGCAGGCUUUGAGCGUCCCAUGGAACCAGAUGGCUUUACCCCAUCUUUUAUGAAGGGCCUCCUGACACGUGAUAAGGGGAUGGAGGUGGAAACCUUGGACAAGCUCCUGAAGAGCAAGAACAUUCCAGAUGGGCAGCAAGAUUCUUUUAAGACCGGGUUUGCCGAGGGCUUCCUAAAAUCCCAAGCGCUGACACAGCGCAAACAAGAUUCUCUGAGGAGGACGAGGUUUAUACUGCUGGUCCUGCUGCUGGUGGGACUCUACGGCCUCUCCAAGACCCCCUUCCUAUCGGUGCGGUUCCGAACCACAUCAGGCCUGGACUCGGUGGACCCUGUCCAGAUGAAGAACGUGACAUUUGAGCACGUCAAGGGGGUGGAGGAGGCCAAGAACGAGCUGCAGGAGGUGGUGGAGUUCCUCCGGAGCCCAGAGAAGUUCACCGUCCUCGGAGGGAGACUGCCGAAAGGGAUUUUGCUGGUUGGCCCCCCUGGCACUGGGAAGACUCUGUUGGCCAGAGCCGUAGCUGGAGAGGCCGACGUCCCCUUCUAUUACGCCACCGGUUCGGAAUUUGAUGAGAUGUUUGUGGGGGUUGGAGCCAGUCGCAUCAGGAACCUCUUCAGGGAAGCUAAAGCCAACGCCCCAUGCGUGAUCUUCAUUGACGAGUUGGACAGUGUCGGAGGGAAGAGAAUCGAGUCUCCCAUGCACCCUUACUCCAGACAGACCAUCAACCAGCUACUGGCUGAGAUGGACGGGUUCAAACCAAAUGAAGGGGUCAUCAUCAUCGGGGCGACAAACUUCCCUGAGGCUUUGGAUAACGCUCUGAUUAGGCCGGGACGUUUUGACAUGCAGGUCACUGUCUCCAAACCAGACGUGAAAGGACGCACAGAAAUCCUCAACUGGUAUUUAAGGAAGAUCAAAGUAGACCCUGACAUCGAGGCUGGGAUCAUCGCCAGGGGCACAGUGGGCUUCUCCGGGGCCGACCUGGAGAACCUGGUGAACCAGGCAGCUCUGAAGGCGGCGGUGGAUGGCAAAAACAUGGUGACCCUCAAAGAGCUGGAGUUCGCCAAGGACAAGAUCCUCAUGGGCCCAGAGAGGAGGAGUGUGGAAAUAGACAAGAAGAACAAGGAGAUCACAGCGUACCAUGAGUCUGGCCACGCUAUCGUGGCGUACUACACCAAGGACGCCAUGCCCAUCAAUAAGGCCACCAUCAUGCCCAGAGGUUCUUCCCUGGGUCAUGUGUCCAUGCUCCCGGAGGAUGACCGCUGGAGCGAGACGCGAGCUCAGCUGCUGGCCCAGAUGGACGUCAGCAUGGGAGGCCGUGUGGCAGAGGAGAUCAUAUUUGGCAAUGAGUUCAUCACCACUGGGGCAUCAAGUGACUUUGAUGCUGCCACCAAAAUUGCAAGAAUGAUGGUGACCAGAUUUGGAAUGUGUGAGAGGCUGGGUGUCAUGACCUAUGCUGACCAAACCAAACAGAGCCCGGAAACACAGGCUGCCAUCGAACAUGAAGUCAGGAUACUUUUAAAGGAUUCGUACGAGCGCGCCAGGGCGCUCCUCAAGUCUCACGCCAAGGAGCACAAGAACCUGGCAACCGCCCUGCUGCAAUACGAGACGCUGGAUGCCAAAGAGAUCAAGAUGGUCCUGGAGGGCAAGGCCCUAGAGAUCAGAUGAGACCUCCAAGGGUGGAGGCGUCACUCUGUUUAUUGGGGGGAUGGGGUGGGGAGAGGAGACAAAAUAUGGCUGUGGAUUAGGGUAGGGAAGCAUAGGAACUGUUGGGAUUGGCUUUUUGGAAGGUGUUGGAAUGUAAAUAUAUGAAAUUUAAGGUUUCAAGAUAGGAUAAUUUUUUUAUGUAAAAUAUGUACGCAAACUACGCACAGUCUUAUCUUCCUGUUAAUGUCUGGAUAGUUGUUAGGAUCAUUAUUGUCGAUAACAAGGAGGAUUGUGGGAUUUCCCUUCAAAUUGGUAGGGGCAAUCAGCAGUUGCUGCAUCCAUUUUUGGAUUUAUUAAUUAAUGAUAUGUACCCAUUUGAUUCUUGAAGAAUAGAACUUAUAAAUGCCUCAUGAGUUUAGUUCAACUGUCAUACCCCAUCAGAACCCAAAAUAUACGCUUGUAUUACACCAAUGUUUGUACACAAACUAAAUGUAAACAAACACUGUAAAGCCUAAAAAUUGCCAGAUUCACACAUUUUGUUAGUAGUUUGUAUGUAUCCCAUUGCCAUAUGACCUCUUUUUCAAUGUACCCUGUCGUGUGUGUGUGCGCACGCACAUUGAAUGUUUUUGGGCUAUUAAGUCCCAAGUCCAGUGAGUCCAUGCCCUGGUUCCUCAGAAUCACUACAAAAUAAUCUUACCAGUAAAAUACAGUUGUCUCUACCUGAGACUGUCAAUCAUGAAUUUGUAAUAAGGAAUCUGAUUCCCCCUAAAUAGUCUAACAACUUUUCCCAGUUUUAAUUUGUAAGUCGCUCUGGAUAAGAGCGUCUGCUAAAUGACUUAAAUGUAAUGUAAAUGUACCAAUAUUCCCAGGUUUGAGCCUUGUGUGCUAGUUGCCGUUUCAAAGGUGGCCUUUUGGGAAUGUACGUGUACUCGGAGUAGGGACUCUUUUGGACUUGAGCCACAAUUCAAAUGUGUCUUAGCACUUUGGUCAGUCUGAUCACUUACUCAAUGUAUUUAUGUUAUCAAAUAUGUCAAUGCUGUGUGUAUAUAUAGAUGGGGGUGCUGCUGUGCUUUGAAAUUAUGCUUUUAUUCACUAAAUACUCAACGUUGGCAAAUUAAGCUGUGACGGGCCAUUGGGUCCUCCGUUUUUGGAUCUGACUAGUUCAUCCAUUUACAAUGAAAUACCUUACAAUUAUCUGGUUUCUAAGUCUAAACAAUUGUCAAAGUAACAGUUAAACCUAAGAGACCCUACAACUCCUCAUAUCCUGGUUCAUUCCCCACUUCUGCUGUGUACUCUCUAUUCACAUCUGAUACACAGCUGUCUCUCUAGCAUUACUUGAGUAGAUCUGUGAAUCCGUUUUUUUACAUUUCCUCACUUUGUAUGGUUUUAAGCACAGUGGCUCAGAACCUCACAGUGUAAGCAAGGACCGUCAUACUAAUUUGCUGACGUGUAGGCCUAUAAGGAAAACGGUCAAAUGCAUCUGUAGACAAUCGACUCAAUCGCUUCAACAAUGUAGUAUCUCCAUCUUUGGUGAGAAUGAACAGUUUUUACAGAAUGCUUUAGGCAAGAAUAUGGAACUCCUUUGAAAUGUCUGCUAAUGUUGAGUUGGAAGCAUGAAGAUUGUGAUACAAUGGAGGUUUAAAGCCAUACCUUUAGGAUGUAAUAAUGUGGGAUUAAAAGGUUUUUAAUUGUAAUUUUUUUGUCAACAAUCUACACUAAAUACUAAAAUGUCAAGUGGAAGAAUAUAUAUUUUUUAAGAUUGAUAGAAAUGAAAUAACAAAAAUAUAGUCCUUGCAAAAGUAUUCAGUCAAUAAAUACAUUGAGUAUACAAAACAUUAAGGACACCAGCUCUUUCCAUGACAGACUAACCAGGCGAAUCCAGGUGAAAGAUGUGAUCCCUUAUUGAUGUCAGUUGUUAAAUCCACUUCAGUCAGUGUAGAUGAAGUGGAGGAGACCGGUUAAAGUUUUUUUAAGCAUGUGUGCUAUUCAGAGGGUGAAUGGGCAAGACAAAAUAUUACAUUUCCGUUGAACGGGGUAUGGUAGUAGGUGCCAGGCACACUGGUUUGUGUCAAGAGCUGCACCACUGCUGGGUUUUCACACUCAACAGUUUCCUGUGUGUACCAAGAAUGGUCCACCACCCAAAGGACAUCCAGCUAACUUGACACAACUGUUGGAAGCAUUUGAGUCAACAUUGGCCAGCAUCCCUGUGGAACGCUUUCGACACCUUGUAGAGUCCAUGCCCCAACGAAUUUACAUUGUUCAAUUCGUCGGGGUGUGGGACAACUCAAUAUUAGGAAGGUGUCCUUAAUAAUUUGUACACUCGGUGUAUGUUAGAAACACCUUUGGCAGUGACUACAGCUGUGAGCCUUCUUGGGUAAGUCUAAGCUUUACACAUCUGGAUUGUGCAAUAUUAGCCAAUUAUUAUUUUUAUAAUUCUUAAAGCUCUGUCAAGAUGUUGGGACUCAUGGCUAGACAAAAAUGUUAGUCUUGCCAUAGAUUUUCAAUCAGAUUUAAUUCAAAACUGUAACUUGGCCACUCAGGAACUUUCCCUGUCUUCUUGGUAGGCAACUCCAGUGUAGAUUUGUGUUGUAGGUUAUUUUCCUGCUUAACGGUGAAUUCUUCUCCCAGUGACUGCUGUAAAGUAGACUGAAGCAGGUUUUCCUCUAGGAUUUUACCUGUGCUUAGCACCAUCCCAUUUCUUUUUAUCCUGAAAAAGAGAUUUGCCAACAUCAAGCAUAUCCAUACCAUGAUGCAGCCACCACCAUGCUGGAAAAUAAGAAGGCAGUUAACUCAGUGAUGUGUUGAAUUUGCCCCGAACAUAAGGCUUUGCAUUUAGACCAAAAAGUGUGUUCCUUUGCUGUUUUUUUUCUCUUCAGUCAUACUUUAUUCUGUAUAUUUGUAUUUUUCUUUUGACUCUGUCGUUUAAGUCAUUAUGUCGUCAUUACAAUUUUGUUGAUCCAUCCUUAGUUUUCUCCAAUCACAGCCACAAUUUUCUCCAAUCACAGAAUAAUAGUAGAGAGAAUGAUUUAUUUCAGCUAUUAUUUCUUUCAUCACAUUCCCAGUGGGUCAGAAGUUUACAUACACUCAAUUAGUAUUUGGUAGCAUUGCCUUUACAUUGUUUAACUUGGGUCAAACGUUUCGGGUAGCCUUCCACAACCUUCCCACAAUAAGUUGGGUGAAUUUUGGCCCAUUCCUACUGACAAAGCUGGUGUAACUGAGUCAGGUUUGUAGGCCUCCUUGCUCCCACAGACUAUCAGUUCUGCCCACAAAUGUUCUAUAGGAUUGAGGUCAGGGCUUUAUGAUGGCCACUCCAAUACCUUGACACCUUGACUUUGUUGUCCUGAAGCCAAUUUUUUUUCUGAGGUCUUGGCUGAUUUCUUUUGAUUUUCCCAUGAUGUCAAGCAAAGAGGCACUGAGUUUGAAGGUAGGCCUUGAAAUACAUCCACAGGUACACCUCCAAUUGACUCAAAUGAUGUCAAUUAGCCUAUCAGAAGCUUCUAAAGCCAUGACAUAAUUUUCUGGAAUUUUCCUAGUGUUUUUAACGGCACAGUCAAUUUAGUGUAUGUAAACUUCUGACCCACUGGAAUUGUGAUACAGUGAGUUAUAAGUGAAAUAAUCUGUCUGUAAGCAUAUGUUGGGAAAAUUUCUUGUGUCACGCACAAAGUAGAUGUCCUAACCGACUUGCCAAAACUAUAGCUUGACAGUUGUUUGUGGAGUGGUUGAAAAACACGUUUUAAUGUCUCCAACCUAAGUGUAUGUAAGCUUCUGACUUCAACUGUAAAUGAUCCUUGUGUCGCUCCCUCUUUGAACUAUUGGCUGCCCGAUAAACAAAAUAACAUUCUGUGUAACAAUAAAUCCAUAGCAUUUACAGCACAAUAAAAUAUAUACAAACUCAUA